AAUUUACAGUUCGAUUGUGGAUCGCGUUUCGUAAAGUUACUGUCUAAACUCCUUCGUGGCAUUAGAAAAAAAAGUGUUGUACGGUGAACAUGUUUCUUCACAGAAAUCAACUGCUAGAAAAGCUCCUAUGCUUCGCGUUGCUUUUCGCCGUGCUGACAUCGAGCGUUUCGAACGCGCAAGUCACUUUUUCGCGCGACUGGAACGCUGGCAAGCGGUCACUAGUGGAAGCAACACCGGCCAACGCGGAAUGUGCUGCACUCUGGCGAACAAUCAACGGACUGUGCAUUGCAAUCACGAAAAACAUUCAACACCUUACACUGUGUGAGGCAAGAUCACUCCUGAAAAAUAUACAAAACGAUGACGCGUCAAUGGAGAACAACAGUGCCAGCAAUAUUCCAUUAUUUUCGAGUAAUCGACUGUAACUGAACUGAAUACGGUUAAGAACACUUUUUGCGCUGAAUUAUAUUUGGUAAAUGGUAUUGGAUGAUGUUCACAAUAAACAUAUGCAGAAAUACAAAACAUCAAUUGUAUAAAUUCUAACAAA